AGAAAGGUAAACCGCAGACCGCAUCAUGGCGUACCAUGGUGGGAGUCAUCAUUCUUAUUAAGUUUAGUCAGCAUUCGCCCUGGGUCAUACUGGGUGACUUUCGACAAAUACCUACCAAACCCAUUAUGCAUUCUUUUAAUAAUACAAAUUAACUUUACUUCGAACUCUUAAAACCCUUAAUAUGGGUUCGAAAAUUGAAUAUGUUGACUCUUCUCAAAUCUACGCGGCGAAUUAUGUGAGAAAUGCUAAAGCAAUCGGAGUGUUGUGGGCGAUUUUUACAAUUUGUUACGCCAUAGUGAUCGUGGUGGCCUUUAUCACCCCCGAAUGGAUCGGGAACGUGCACGGUGAGACUCCGGGUAAAUUUGGGUUGUGGUCCGUCUGCUACGCCGAAGAAAAUGGGGAGAUCUGCAAAGGAAGGCUAGAUGACUUAAUGAACAUGCCCAACAGAGCCUUCCAAUUUGCAACAACACUAGUAGGAAUAGCUGUUAUAACAUCAAUAUUAGCCAUAUGCUCCAUGAUGCUAUUUUUCUUUUGCCACUCCACCACUGUUUUCCAUGUCUGCGGUUGGAUACAGUUGAUUUCAGGGGCGGCGAUGAUCGCUGGCUGUGCUCUUUACCCAUACGGAUGGGCCCAAGACGACGUCAUAAAAGUAUGCGGUCCGACGACCGAUGAAUACCAAUUUGGAGACUGUAGUAUACGAUGGGCGUAUAUUCUGGCUGCUAUUGGUUGUCUUGAUGCUAUAACGUUAGCUACUUUGGCAUUUAUUUUGGCUACUAGACAUGUUACUUUACAAGCCGAACCGAAUUAUACACCGGCCAGUUUAUAUAAAGGUGAAAUGAAUAGCAGUUUCAUGAACGAUUCAGCCAGUAUCGCAGGAUCUAGAAAAUCGCUCAAUAUGCAUCCGGUGUUGCUGAUGCCUCCUGGAGGCCAGGAUGAUACUUAUUCCCAGUUUUCACAACGAACAGUACCUAGGUCCGUUCAUUCCGGCCAUUAUGCGCACCCACAUUCAUUACAUAGGAAUUUUCAAUUGUAAGAAAUAACUGUUAGAACUAAUAUUUAAGUUUAAUAAAAUUUGUAUAAUUUUA